CACUUGAUAAAACGACGCAGGGGAGCCGGCAAAAGGGGCGCCCUUCUGAGGCGCCCACCGCCUUGGUUUCUGGCGAUUUGGGGCGUCCAAAAAGGGGCGCGCAAAAAACGCGCCCAAAAUCAGAACAGCGAAACAGCAUGGCACGGCCGCGAUUUCGGAGCAUUUUGGGCGGCCGCGAAAGCGGCCGCCUUUUCGCCGGUUUCAGAGCCUGGGAAGCUUUGCAAAAAGCGCUGGCGAGAAAUAUAAAAACGCAAAAAAGAAAAAGCGCGCCAGACGCGCAAAGCCAAUCCGCAUGCUAUGGGCCCGAUUUUUCCUCUCUUUUUGGGCGCCCCCCGUGGCGCCCGGAUCGGCCUCAUAGCAUGGGGGCUGGCUUUCGGAAAGGAAUUUCGAAAAUUUGUCAAAAUUCGCGACGCUUAUCAGGCGGCCGCCAUACCGUGGGGCCUAACGUUACUCACGGCG